AUGAAAUCUGAACUGAGCGACCCGAAUGUCGGGAAGAAACUCUUCAAAACCCGAUGUGCUUGUUGCCACACCUUGGAAUUGGGAGCUAAGCAUAAAGUGGGACCCAAUCUUUUCGGUUUUUAUGGAAAAAGAUCUUGCACCGCUGAAGGUUACGCAUACUCUGACGCCAUUAUAAAAAAGGGAUACUAUUGGGACGACGAGACACUAAACGCAUUUUUAGAAGACCCCAGGAGAAACGUCCCCGGUACCAAGAUGCUUUUCGCUGGCCUGAAGAAACAGCAGGAACGGGAAGACUUGAUGGCUUACUUAAAGAAAAUAUCGGAGUAA